GACCCUCCCACUCUGUCUACCGUUUUCUCUCUCUCCUUGCUCUUGUUUCCCUAUUAGGAUGCCGGUGGGCGGAGUUGGGAGGGUCGUCAGCUACAUGGGGAACACCUGGGCCCACUCUCCCAGGAUAAAAUCACCACUUCCCCAUUCAUCAAGGAGACUCUCUCCAUACAGACACUUGGAUAGAUUUUGUUGCGUUUGGUUGUGCUUUUUGGUUGUUUGUUUUAGCAUUUAUCAACACCUUGCAUUAUCACAUUCAUCCAUGCAAAACAUUCACUUACACUACUGAUUACUGAUUACACACACCAUUGUAUAUUAUACAUAGUUUCUUUAUUUAAUAAAUAUAUAUUUUGUUACUUCUUAUCUCCACGUGUCUCCCUUUUGUUACGGGCUUUGAGCCGGUUCGUGACAAGUGGGGGCUCAUCCGGGAUAAUUGAACGUACUGGUUUGGGAGAUCGUGGAGGUACGUGUUUGGUUUACAUAUUUGGUCUGAGUUUGAUAGGCCUAGUAUUGGUUGCCUUUGUUGUUUGGUUUGUGUGCUGCGUUGGAGAGAGAGUAUAAUGGUUAGUUUCCAGGCCCUGCCCAGCCUGGAAACCCUUGUUCUACUUUCUGUUGGGACAUCGGUCUGAGGAGGUGAGUAAUCGGCUGUGUACCUCAGUGGGAGAUUUGGUAGGGUAGUGGAAUUUACUACCCGGAGCUAUAGCCUUUUACCCCUGAUAGGCUUAGUGACGUGUUUCAUUUUUGGAAUAUGUUGGGCAUGGUUAAUGUUUGUUAUUUUUGUGUGGUGUCUGUGGACUGAGCAGUUGUCUCGGGGGCACAUCCGUGGCUUGGUGGAAUCUGCCAGCGUGCUGGGGGGUUUAUUACCUUGCCAGCGGGCUACAGUGCGUAAAUACCCACCGCAAAUCCGCACGAAGACUAGGGUUGAGUUAUUGUAGGUUUGGGGAAGCUCCGUAUCUCAUCUCUCUUCUGUGGUGCUCAGGGUGAUUGUCAUUUCUCUGGUUGUGGUCUGGUGUGCUCAGCAGAGGGGAAGAGUGAUAAUAUUUUUUUUUUGACUAUGGCGUCUUAUGUAGAUGAGUUCAUUCGCUUUCCAUCAGAGGAAUUGUUAGAAUUAGGUACUAAAGAACAGCUGUUGAAAAUCGCUGAACACUACAAGGUUGAAAUUAGUGAUAAACGUCUAAAGAAUUCUAUUAGGUUGAUAUUGAAGGCCAAUCUGAUGGAGAGUGGUAUUCUUGAAGUUAUCACUGGGCCAGUCUCUGCUGAGGGGUCAUCUCCCCGUAACGUUGCAAUGGCCAUUCCAUCGGUUAGGCCUAGUAGUCUUCUUUUUGAACAGCAGAAAGAACUGCUUCUGUUACAGCUGCAGCAUGAUCGUGAGAAGCUAGAGCAUGAUCGUGUAAAGUAUGAAAAGGAAUUAGAUAUGGAGCAUGAUCGUGAGAAGCUAGAGCAUGAUCGUGUAAAGUAUGAAAAAGAAUUAGAUAUGCAGCAUGAUCGUGAGAAGCUAGAGUAUGAUCGUGUAAAGUAUGAAAAGGAAUUAGCAUUUAAACAAGAUAUGGAGUAUGCUAAAAUCAAGUUGCAACAAGAACGGAUAGAGUUGGUUAGGGAAGGAAAGAUCUCAGGGGAGAGUUUGUUCUGGGAAGGUGAUCCAGAUUUACCUAGGGGUCGUUCCUCUUUUGGUCGUGCCCCGGACACAUUUGAUAUUGUUGGGAACUUACGGUUAUUACCUCAGUUUAAUGAAAAGGACCCUGAGACAUUCUUUUCGUUGUUUGAGCGUGUUGCUGACGCUAGGAGUUGGCCUGAUUCUGACCGCACCUUAAUGUUGCAGUGUGUGCUGACUGGUAAAGCGCAGGAGGCAUAUUCAGCUCUUACUGUACACGACAGUGCCUGUUAUGAUAAGGUUAAAACGGCUGUGUUGCAGAUUUAUGAAUUGGUCCCUGAGGCUUACCGCCAACGAUUUAGAACUUUAAAAAGGGAUGAUAAACAGACUCAUGUUGAGUUUGCGCGACAAUUAUCUGUACAGUUUAAUCGCUGGUGUUCUGCCUCUGCAGUUGUUACUUUCCAAGGGCUGUGUGAUCUGAUUAUGUUAGAGCAAUUUAAGGACACAAUCCCUGAUCGUAUUGCCACCUAUAUUAACGAACGAAAAGUAAAGAAUGUCGCUGAAGCUGCGGUUUUGGCGGAUGAGUAUGUGUUGACUCACAAAAGAGUCUUUGCAGAGCCCCGUAUUCGGAAUGAGUGGAGGCGUUCGGAUAGAUUUGGGCUUCGCUCACCGAGAUACUUUGGUUCACGGGCAGAGUUCAAUUCAACUAGGGUUGAGCCUGAAUCCCGUGGAAGAGCUGACUUUGGGCAAGAGUGUCAUUACUGUCAUGAUUCAGGUCAUUGGAAAAACGAAUGUCCGGUUCUCAGGGAAAAGGACAAAUUCAGUACGCGUGAUUACGUUAAAUCUAAGCCUACGGCGUUAGCUGCGCCUGUUUCACAUCAGUUCACUCAUGACACAUGGUCUCAGGGGCAGGUGAAAGUCCAUAUUCACUCAGGCUAUUUACCUUUCAUUACGGAAGGUUUUGUGUCUAUAUUAGGGAGUAAGGAAUUGGUGCCAGUGAAGAUCUUGAGAGACACAGGUGCCUCUGAAUCGUUUGUGUUGGAGUCUGUGUUACCCUUUUCAGCUGAGACUGAUUCGGGGAAGAGUGUUAUAAUUAGGGGAAUAGGUUUGAACACUCUUUCAGUUCCAUUACAUAAAAUGAUGUUGGAUUGUGGGCUGGUAAAAGGUGAGGUUGUUGUGGGGGUGCGUCCUUCAUUGCCUAUUGAGGGUAUUGACGUUAUUCUUGGGAAUAACUUGGCUGGUGAUCGUGUAUGGCCUGUCGUGUUCCCAUCUCGAGUUGUUUCCAUAAAGCCGUCAGUUGUUGAAAUUCCAGAUGAGAGUGUACAGAGCUCCCCAGAGAUGUUCAGUGCGUGUUCUAGGAGUCGUGGCGAACUGGUCACUGUGCCGACUAAUGAGAAUACCACAAAGAAGUAUGCCACUGCUUUCCCUGUUAUUCCGUUAUCUGUUACCCACUCAGAUCUAAUCAAUGCGCAACGGACUGACCCCACAUUAGAAGAGUUGCGUAACCAAAUUGUGCCUGUGGACCAGUUGGGAGAUGUCGCCCAUAGCUAUUUUCUCCAAGAGGAUGUCCUGAUGAGAAAGUGGGUGUCUCAUGGUAGUCGUUUUCGGGGGGAGGCGAUUAGUCAGGUUGUGGUACCAGUAAAGCUUCGUGAGUUGGUUUUGACAACUUCUCACAAGGGUGUUGCUGGACAUAUGGGUGUGAGAAAAACAUACCAUCGCAUAUUAAGACAUUUCUUUUGGCCUAGAUUAAAGAGGGAUGUCUCUGAUUUCAUCAAAACUUGUCACACCUGUCAAUUACCUGGCAAACCUAAUCAAGCUAUUAUGCCGGUACCACGGUUUCCUACUCCUGUACUCAGCCAACCUUUUGAGUAUUUGAUCAUUGACUGUGUUGGUCCUUUGCCUAGUGCAAAAAAGGGUAGAGUGAAAUGAGUAGUCUGUUACGUUGGGAAGUGGCUAUGAAUCGUUGGGAAUUGUUAAAAAAUUAAGGACCUUGCUCUUUCCGUUGGAGUUUGUAGCUGAUGUGGUCUCGUGCGCCCUGUUCUUGAGUGGUUGUAUUGUCUGGUUCUGUCUUUACUGUCUGUUCCCUCCUGGUCUUUUAUUCUUCUUUCCUCUUAAAUGUUGCUUCCUAUGCACUAAGGUUGCUGAGGUCUGGGGACUCUUCUUUCCUCUUAAAUAGUGCUUCCCGUGCGCAAAGGUUGCUGAGGUCUGAGGAGGUUGGCUGGGGUAAAUUGGAAGUGUGCACGUAAUCCCUCAUCAAUUUGGGACGCAAGUGCUGUGUCAGUUGGGACGCAGAGGUCGGUAUGUUGUUCCGGGGUCCUUGUUGGUCCCCGGUUUUAUGGGGGGGAAUGUGACGACCCUCCCACUCUGUCUACCGUUUUCUCUCUCUCCUUGCUCUUGUUUCCCUAUUAGGAUGCCGGUGGGCGGAGUUGGGAGGGUCGUCAGCUACAUGGGGAACACCUGGGCCCACUCUCCCAGGAUAAAAUCACCACUUCCCCAUUCAUCAAGGAGACUCUCUCCAUACAGACACUUGGAUAGAUUUUGUUGCGUUUGGUUGUGCUUUUUGGUUGUUUGUUUUAGCAUUUAUCAACACCUUGCAUUAUCACAUUCAUCCAUGCAAAACAUUCACUUACACUACUGAUUACUGAUUACACACACCAUUGUAUAUUAUACAUAGUUUCUUUAUUUAAUAAAUAUAUAUUUUGUUA